AUGUCAGCCGCAUGGAGAGAGCCGUGGCUGCUGAGGCUCGUAUUUUUUCUCGGGUUCGGGUUAGGGUUUGAAUUUGGGGAUGCGUUGAAAGUGCCGUUCCGAGUGAACGACGUGCUGCCGGUAUUGCCGCAUCAGAUAUCGUGGCCCGUGCUCAACAACAUUCACAGCGCGGUUGAUUUGCUGCCGCAGUAUGUGGGUUCAUUGGCGCCGAAUAAUGGGACGAUCAAGUGGAAAGGCGCGUGCUUUUAUGAUAACGAGGCCAAGAUCGAGUUCAGUGGUGCCGGUUAUAAGGGAAUCGGCGGUGGCGUCAUUCAUCUUUCGACUGCCGCCGCCCACAGCUGGACAUGCAUGGAUCUGUAUGUAUUUGCCACUCCUUAUAGGGUGACCUGGGACUAUUAUUUCUCGUCUCGAGAUCAUACGUUGAAUAUCGAAUCGUGGGAGGAGCCUGCUGAAAUAGAAUACGUAAAACAGCACGGGAUCUCCGUAUUCCUUAUGCCUUCGGGCAUGCUGGGGACAUUUCUUUCCUUGGUUGAUGUCUUGCCUUUGUUCUCCAACACGGUUUGGGGUCAAAGCGCGAAUCUGGCCUUUCUGGAGAAACACAUGGGUGCAAAAUUCGAAAAACGUAGUCAGCCAUGGCGUGCCACAAUCAAUCCUGAAGAUGUGCACUCUGGUGAUUUCUUAGCUGUUUCAAAGAUCCGCGGGCGUUGGGGUGGAUUCGAGACACUUGAGAAGUGGGUCACGGGUGCAUUUGCAGGGCAUACGGCUGUGUGUCUGAAGGAUGAAUUGGGUGAUCUUUGGAUUGGUGAAUCUGGACAUGAAAAUGAAAAGGGUGAAGAGAUUAUUGCUAUAGUUCCUUGGGAUGAAUGGUGGGAACUGUCCCUAAAAGAUGAUUCUAAUCCUCAAAUAGCUUUACUUCCCUUACAUCCGGAUGUACGUGCUCGUUUUAACAAUACUGCUGCCUGGGAGUAUGCUCGGCAGAUGGCUGGAAAGCCAUAUGGUUAUCACAACAUGAUCUUUAGUUGGAUCGAUACUGUAGCGGACAAUUACCCCCCGCCUCUUGAUGCUCACUUGGUUGUUUCUGUCAUGUCUAUGUGGACAAGAAUGCAGCCGGCAUAUGCUGCGAACAUGUGGAAUGAAGCACUUAAUAUGCGCCUUGGGACUGAGGGUUUGGACUUGCAUGGUAUUCUAGCUGAGACCGAAAGGCGAGGCAUAACUUUUGACCAAUUACUUACUAUCCCUGAGCAAGACGAAUGGGUCUACAGUGAUGGUAAAUCAACGACAUGCGUCGCUUUUAUUCUCGCAAUGUAUAAAGCUGCUGGUGUAUUUGGGCCAAUCUCCAAUUCCAUUCAAGUAACUGAGUUCACGAUCAAGGAUGCCUACAUGCUGAAAGUAUUUGAGAAUAAUGUGACUCGUUUACCAUAUUGGUGUAACAAUGGUGGCGACAAGCUCCCAUUCUGCCAGAUUUUGGGCGAGUAUAAAAUGGAAUUGCCGUAUUACAACACUCUCGAGCCCUACACUAAUAUGAAUGAGAAUUGCCCAUCUCUGCCUCCUACAUAUGAGAGGCCUGCACGUUGCUGA